AUGAAAGAAGCUUUUCCUGUCGAGUUCACAUUUUUGAGGGUACAGAUCCUUGCUGCUGGAAUGGCUUCACAAGUUCAUACUCCAUUGAUUCCUGUAAAGAGAGUCCCUUACCAGGGGAAGAAUAUGCUUAGGGACCCGAUAUCCGAAGUUGAUCCCGAAGCACAUGCUAUCAUGAAGCAGGAGAAGGCACGUCAACGUCGUGGACUUGAGUUGAUCGCUUCGGAAAACUUUACCACCAAAUCUGUCAUGGAUGCUUUAGGAUCGGCUAUGUGCAACAAAUAUUCCGAAGGUUAUCCCGGUGCAAGAUACUAUGGUGGAAAUGAGUUCAUCGAUAAGAUGGAGUUGCUUUGUCAGAAGAGGGCACUUGAGGUCUUCGGCUUGGAUCCCGAACUAUGGGGCGUGAAUGUGCAAUCGUUGUCUGGAGUACCAGCCAACUUUGCUGUUUACACUGCUAUAGCAGAGCCUAAUGGACGAAUUAUGGGACUUGAUCUUCCUGAUGGUGGCCAUCUUUCUCAUGGGUUUGUGAAUUUCUUGUUUGAAUGA